UAUUCAGCCACAACUUGAAACUGCCUGUCAACAAGAGUUUCCUGGUAAUUUUUGUAUUUUUUCAAGAUGAGUCAUGGUAAAUUAAUUCCCAGGCUCUCUAUUCAGUCUCCUGUGCAUCGUGCCAGCCUAAAGGCCCAGGCCACAGAAUCACCUUUUAAGAAAGAAGACUUACCUCUGAUUUCAAAAGAUUCCCUGGAAGCCGACUCAGAGAGCCUCAGUCAAGAGAGCUCCUCUCAGGCUGAGCGGGGAGAGCGAAUCCAGGACAACGCCAUGGAGCGGGACAGCUUGGAGGAGAGCUCUCCCGAGGACAGCCUGAGCGAGACGGAGGAGGAAGCCAGCAGCAAGGCAGCCCAGGCGGCCAGCAAGGACAGCCGUGCCCAGGACAAGGGCGCGGGCAGCAGCCCACAGUCCAAAGAAGACAAGUACUCGGAUCUCCGCUAUGACCCCAACUGGAGGCGGAAGCGAGGGGAAGGGCACGUGCCAGCUGAGGAUGCAUCGCCGGAGUCUGCCGACGAGCUGGCCCGGCGGCCGCUCUUCCCCUCGGAGACGUCCACGGGCCCCUUGGCGGGGGCCGGCCCGCAGGACAGGAGCCCACAGAGCGACGCCUCUCUACUUGGGAGUGAGUUUUUAAGCCCAAACUCUGAGCACGGUGCCCAUCGCAGCACCCGGAUCUCGGGGCUGAGCGACAGGGGCCUGGCAGACACGUCCAGCAACCUCUCCCAGUACGUGGGGAGUUCAAGUUCACACAACGAGGUUUUCUGGCCGAGAUCACGGGGCCCGCGGCGAAGGAAGCCCAAACAAUAUUUUGUGGAAAAAAACAAGCUGACUCUGGGGUUACCCACCCCGAAAGUGGACUCCUACCUGCAGCUUCACAGUAAAAGAAGGGAGGACAGUCACACAGAGCAGGAACACUGGUCUCAAUACGAAAGUGCGACAUCGAGUCAGGAACCCAGAGGGCGGUCUCCCGAAGCGGCCCGUGGCCAGCAGCCUUCCAGAAGAGCAGCCGGGCACAGGGCUCGCACCCAGCAGAAGAGCAAGCACGGCCUCAAGUCUUUGGUGACGGAGGAGCUGGUUUUCAGUCAGGGAAACCCGAAAAACACCCCCAGACCGCAACAAACUCAGAACAAGCCUGGCGAUGCUUCCAGAAGGCAUGAGACAGCGGCAGUCACGCACGCCCCCCGCAGGGACUUGCAACACUCAGGGGCUCCUCGGGGCCAGGGUCCCCAUGGGACCUCCCACAGAUUCGCUCCACCACAGCAGACUUUUGACAAGGUGUUAUUAUAUAAAAAUGCUCCUGGCUAUCACUCAGUGAUGACUUUUAAUAAAAAAAGAGGACGCAAAGACCAAGAAGAGGACAGAAUUUCAUACCAGCAGCUACACAUGAACACUCUUUCCCAUGUGGACUUGAACUACCCUAAUGGACUCAUUAAGAGACAAGUGCCCCUAAGUUACAAAGGCUCUCAGUCUGCUUCUAACGUAAAUGUUAACAGAGCAACUGAAACUAAGAAGCAACCCAAACCAACUUACACAGAGACCAGAUAUAAGAACUUGGAAAUAUUAUGGAACUUCCAUCCUUCCCCCGGCAGCUCCCCUGAGGAGUCCCCAGGCUCGCGGCUGGGGCGGCUCAUGGAGCAGCACCAGCAAGCCCUGGCACAGCUGGCCGAGGUGCAGCCCCGCGCAGGGGCCUCGGCCAGGGUCACAUUCCCACCCAUUCUUCCAAGAACAGAAAGUGAAUCCCAACUCAACUCAGAGAAAAGCCGAAGAAACCAGCUGAAAAUAAGCCGCACCAAUUCCGAAGGCUACCUGUUUCAGCUGGAGAGAGGAAAAAAGAAUAGAAGACGCAGCAUUAAGAGUUCCAAGCUGAAAGGUUAUCAGAAAGGAGAUGUGAAGCUUGGAGGCCUUGGACCUGACCUUGAGUCCAUCAGAGACAAAAUGCAGAAAUUAAGACAGCAAAAGGAAUACGCAAAUCAAGUGAAGGAGUACAACAGGAAGACACGCUCCCUUCUGUCAAACCCGCCCACAGCGAAACCCGAGAGUAGCCCUGCCAUCUCUCGGCAGAAGGCUUUGGAAUAUGCUAAGACCAUCCCCAAACCCAGACCUUCAAAUCUGGCUGACCAGGUGUCAAAGGAAAAGAAAAAUCCAACCUCUGCUGCAGAAGAAGACACGUUACCGGAAAUCUCCCUGCUGGGCAUACUGCAGAGCAGACACGAGAGGGAAAAGCAAGCCGUGGCUGCCUUCAAAGUCCUUCACAUCGUGUAGCGUGUAGGGGCCACAGUGCCCAGGGGCUGGCCCGGAGCAAGGACGCUGCAGCCAGCCUCUCGGCGUCAGUGGUGACCUGUCGUCUCAUCAGGCUGCAGUCCGUGUUUGUGCUGCAUAGGAUUUAAAACGUGGGCCCUAUUCUAUGAUGGCGCCAUAGUGUACUUUGUAGGAAGAAAUUUUUUAAUUAUUUAUUUUCAAAUCAGUUGAACUUUGGGCCUAAUAAGAACCAGGGAAUAAAGCCUUUGGGUUUUAUAUUGGAUCUUUUUAUUUCUUAAACAAUCUGUAUGCUUCCUUAGCAAUGAAAACCAUGAAG